AUGUCAUUGGAAAUGAAUAACACCCUGAACGAUAUGCCGACAAAGGAACGGGCGAUCGUCCAAGAGGAUGGCGUCGUUCCUAUCGAUCCGGCACAAGAGCGCAAAAUUCUCAUGAAAACCGACGCUGUGAUUCUGACAUUCAUAGUUCUCCUCGCCUUCCUCAUGUUCCUGGACAAGAACUGCCUGGCCUAUGCGAACAUUUUGGGGAUGAAAGCCGACACACAUCUCAAGGGUCAAGAGUACAGCUGGUUGGGAAGCUUGUUCUACUUUGGGUAUCUGACGGGAAUGCCCAUAUCGGCCUUCCUCAUCCUUAAGUUUCCCGUGGGCCAACUGGUCGGGGUUGCCGCCGUCUGCUGGGGUAUCACCAUUAUGUGCAUGUCCGCAUGCCAGAACUUCGCCGGGUUGGCGACCGUGCGAUAUUUCCUGGGAUUGCUUGAAGCUCCGGCCUUCCCAUCCGCCAUGAUCCUUAUCGGUAACUGGUGGAAGCGGAGUGAGCAACCCUUGCGUACGGCACUCUGGUAUAACACUUUCGCGGGUAUUUUUGGUGGGUUGCUGGCUUUCGCUAUCAACAAUAUCGACGGAAAGUUGGCCAAUUGGCGCUACCUGUUCAUCAUAUACGGAUCCAUCACCAUCUUCGUCGGCACAUUGGCGUUCUUUUUCCUGCCAACAUCUCCGGCGACCGCGUGGUUCUUGACACCACGUGAAAGGGAGAUCGCCGUCGCCCGACUCGUCGACACCCAACAAAAGAACAACAACGACCGACCGGCCAAGUUCCAGCUGAACCAGUGCGUCGAGGCCCUCAUGUCUGCCAAAUUCUGGACCUUGAUCAUCUUUGUCCUGGCCCAGGGUGUGACCGCGGCCGGCAUUACCAACUUCAACCCACUCAUCAUCAAGGGCUUUGGCUUCUCCGUCCAGCGCACUAACCUUCUGGCUGCACCUCAAGCUGCCGUUGGUAUCGUCGCGCAGGUUCUUUUUUCGAUACUCGCCUAUUACAUCCGCAAUACUCGCUGCCUUUGGUGGGCGCUGGGCACAGCGCCUGCCCUUGCCGGUGCGAUAAUCAUCCACUCAGUUGAUGUCAACAAAAAUCGCCCAGUGGCACUGGGCGGUGUGUAUCUCAUGGGAUUCUACAACGUGGGUUUCAUUAUGGCACUCGCCAUCGCCACGGCGAACACGCGAGGCAGCACGAAGCGACCCUUUGUCAAUGCUGCGUUGGGCGUGUCACUGGCCGUCAGCGAAAUAUUUGGGCCGCAGUUUUUUCGUGAAAGUCAGGCCCCUUACUACCAGUUGGGCAUCUGGGCUCUCGUUGUUUGCUACGCGAUCAUGAUCCUGACUGCCUUUGUGUACUGGGGUUUGGCAAUUUUUGCGAACAGGAACAGGGAUCGUGCGGGCUGGGCAGCGGAUGUGGAUGAGGCUGCCACGGAUGAGGAUUUGACGGACGGCCAGAACAAGAUACACAGGUAUUCUUACUAG